UAUAGUAAAAUUAAUUAUUUAAACCACAUAUAAGCAUAUAAGCAAAUAAGCAUCUAAGCAUAACUUUUUCAUUUAAUAACGAAAUAUAAACGCCAUGCAUUUACUUUGGCUUAUCACAAUUGCGACAGUAUCAGUUCUGCACUUGCAGCUAAUAAAUUGUGACGAUCUGGCAAUUCUAACAAAUAUUGUUGGUAAUACCAAUAUCAAAAAUGAACAGCACCUCAGCGACAGUAUUAACACGAUUACUGGCCUACACGUAAACAGUUCAUUAAUAAACAGUAUUCUGAACAGCGGUAAUAAUAAUGACAGGAGCGUGGGAGGUGCCGUUAAUUUAGGAAGUGUAGUGAAUAACGGUAACAAUGGUAUGAGCAGUAAUGUUGGAUUAAGUGACAUUCAAAGGAGUACAACUGCCUUUACAACACUGGCCUCUUCGGGCGGUAAGAGUGGCGACGGUGGAAGUUUAACGGUUACUGCUCACGGACAUCCAUUAGCUGGGCUUACCGAACUAGGAAUAAUCGUUCCUAGAAAUCCAGGUAUGGGUAUACUGGAUGGACACCGUAUGCUUGGCGCUGAAAGUGGAGUUACAAAUGGCAUUGAAAAUGGCGUAGAUCGCAACAGUGGUGCACAAGCCCCAUACUACGAACAUUAUAUUUCGGAGCACACUAUAAUGGCCGUUUUUACCUCCCAAGGUCAAAUAGGUGGACCUUGCAGAUUCAUGCCUGCCACUCGACGACAGAAUCAUCAAUGUCGUAAAGAAUUUGGUUUACCGGAUACCAUUAAAGAAGCACGACGUUUAGCCAAUCUACACUGCGAAGAUCAGUUUCGUUAUGAUCGAUGGAAUUGUUCGAUUGCAACUCGCGGAAAGCGUAAUAUUUUUAAAAAGCUUUAUAAAGAAACUGCUUUUGUUCAUGCUCUAACAGCAGCGGCAAUGACACAUUCAAUAGCUCGGGCUUGUGCUGAAGGACGAAUGACAAAAUGUAGUUGCGGACCUAGGAAACAAAACCGUGUGGAUCAAGAUUUUCAAUGGGGUGGCUGUAAUGAUAACCUUAAACAUGGAAAGCGAGUAGCAAGAAGUUUUUUGGACUUACGUGAUGGAGGUGGCGAUGAAGUAACUGAAAUAUUGAGGCAUGAUUCAGAAGUUGGCAUUGAAGCUGUGUCUAAGUUGAUGAAAGAUAAAUGUAAAUGCCAUGGAGUUUCGGGUUCCUGUUCUAUGAAAACCUGUUGGAAAAAACUUUCUGAUUUUAAUGCUACUGCUACAUUACUUCGUAAAAAGUACAAUGAAGCCAUCAGAAAAGCACCAAAUACUCGUACUAUGCGACGCGAAGCAGCUACAAGUCGCGUGAAGAAACCAAAACAACGACGAAAAAAACAACAAUCACAAUAUACGACACUAUACUAUUUGGAGACCUCACCUACAUAUUGUUCGGUUACUAAAGAUCGUCAAUGUCUGCAUCCAGACAAUUGUGCUAAUCUGUGUUGUGGUCGUGGCUAUACGACACGUGUCUUUAAGCAAGUAGAAAAGUGUCGCUGUCGAUUCAAUAAUGGGCGAUGCUGUCAACUAAUAUGCGAUUAUUGUCAACGCUACGAAGACAGAUAUUUUUGUAAAUAGACAUCAUUCUAAAGUAUUUUCAUUCCUAUUUAUAUAUGAUUACUUUUUGUCAUAUUUUGUAUAGAAAAAUUGUCACUUUUAUUCCAUAUUAUCGUUUUUCAUUCUCUACCUCUAUUCUUUAAUUCUUUAUCCACUCAUCUAUUAUGUAGCU